GGGGGCCGAGCGCCGCGUGGGAGGCUCCCCAGCGCCGGCCGCGGAAAGGGCAGCAGCCGCCUCUGCCUCCUCCUCCUCCUCCUCCGGGGGACGCGGCUCGGGCUCUUCGGCCGCCGAGCGAAGCUGCCGCCUGGGCGGAGCUGAGCGUAUUAUAUAGGACACCUACAAGAGACAAUUAUGGCCUUGGGACCGCACUGAAGACAGACCUGGUUCCUUCCCAAACCUUUUUUUGGGGGGGUUUUAGGAUUAUUACUCUGUUGCUUGGUUGUUUUCCCACAGCGAACAGGGCUUGUUCUGUUAUUGGGUCUCUUGCUUUUGUUAAAAAAAAAGAUGUCUGAGCCUGGCUCUCAUCAAUCCCCCGGUAUCAAGCCGGGCUUAUUGGAAAAAAACAGCAGCCCAAAUGACUCUCAGCCCUCGGCCAAUUCGGAAAGGAGGAAUAAAAGUGGGAUAAUCAGCGAACCUUUGAACAAAAGUCUUAAGAAGUCCCGCCCGCUUUCCCACUACUCCACGUUUGGUAGCACCAGCUCAUUAAGUGAACAUUCCGAGAAAGGUGCGCCCCUAGCCAAUGGCAAUGAAGCCGCUCUGGAUAAAAGCAACUCUACCUCAAAGCACAAAAGCAUCUCCGACCUGCUGAGCAAAUCAGAUCUUUCUGCAGAAGGACAGAGCAUCUUGCAGCAGUUUGCCCAGUCGACGGAGCUGCUCAAAAGAGUCGUCCAGGAGCACAUUCCCCUGCCUAAUGACCACGGGACGGGCAUCUCCGACAUGGAAGCGGUUUCGGCGGCAGAGACGAUGAACAGCCCGUCCGAUUUUCCUUACCUGGGGGCUUUUCCAAUCAACCCUGGCCUUUUCAUUAUGACCCCUGCUGGCGUGUUUCUGGCGGAGAGCGCACUCCAUAUGGCUGGCUUAGCAGAGUACCCAAUGCAGAACGAGUUGGCAUCUGCCAUCAAUUCAGGGAAAAAGAAACGGAAACGGUGUGGCAUGUGCCCUCCGUGCAGAAGACGGAUAAACUGUGAGCAGUGCAGCAGCUGUAGGAACCGUAAAACUGGGCACCAGAUUUGCAAAUUCCGAAAAUGUGAGGAACUUAAAAAGAAGCCUUCUGCUGCACUGGAGAAAAUGAUGCUUCCUACAGGUGCGGCCUUCCGAUGGUUUCAGUAGGAACAAGAAUCCCAAAGCUCGGUCAUCCAGUGCCAUGUCACUGCUUGCUUGUGUUGUCUCAGGCAAGGAAUUUUUUUGGCGGAAAUGAAUGGAUGCGCCUGUGUCUCCUUUAGAACCAAAAAUAUUUUCUCGCAGAUUUCAUUCCUGUUUUUAUAAUUUUUUUUUUUUGGCAUUUGUUUUAACAUCUCCAAGUACUAGUAAAAUAAACAUUAACUGCUUUUCAAAUAAAUUUUUAAAAAAGGAAUCCAUAAAGUACCAAGAUGUAAUAGAGUAUGGACAAUCAACUGAUCUUAUUUUCUUGUGUUCUGGUGUUGACGUGGUUUAUGUGUGGAAGAUGCAGUUCUUGUGUAGAGAAUGUAAAUUUACAGUAACCUUUUAAAAUCUAGUUACUAAUAAGCACUACUGUAAUUAGCACAGCUGUUUACUCAUUCAUUUUUUUUUACUUGAUUAAUUUCCAUCAUUAAAGAAAAAUAGUGUGGAUAGUUUCUAGAAUGCCUCAAUUUCAUGUUAUAAAUGAAGAAUAUGUUUAAAAAUAAAGUAGUUUCCCUUUUCCUAACCAUACACAUAAAAUAAGGUUUAAUCAGCAAGAUGUUUGGUAUUAAAAAGUGGAAGUAUACUGCAAAACGGGCAAGAUUUUUAAAGCAAAGGAAAAAAAAAUAACUAUUACAUUUAGAAACAAGGAAGAAAAAAAACCCCAACUACUACUAUACAUUAAAAACAAACCCUGGAACUAAUUGCAACAAUUCAGUUUUAGAAACCAUUUGAAAAAAAAACGUUACUGGAAUUCAGAUAAUAAGCUAUUGCAGGACCUGUGCUGAAAAACAUUUGCAAUGAGUCUUUUUCUUCUGUUCCAAGCCCUCCUCUCCUGCUUUUCUCACCACCACUAAACUGAAAGGCUGUUUGUAAUGUUCUAGCAAUUCAGGCUGUUUUGUGAAUAAAAAUGAAAGCAUG